CUGGACCUGCGUGCGAUCGAAGUUGGGUCGUGGACGUGCGCUGGCCAUGCGGACAGCGUGAGGAGGCAGCGGCGUCGGCGUCGGGGUCCGCUGAGUGAGUGGCAGCGCGUGCGCCCGUUUCCAGGGAACGGCUCGCGAGUCGCCGUGCGUGCUGCCGCGUGCAAUUCUGUUUUCGCUUAGAACUCUGCUGCUCGGACAAAUGCAUACAAAUGCAUUUAGGAGCCCAACGGACAAGGAGUGGAAACAUUUCUCCCACAGAAAAAACGAGAACUGUCCUCCUCAUCUUUUCAAUAUGCACAGUAGUACUGUUUGCAAAAGAAAGCUCUCAAGUACAAGGUGUCGAUCUCCUUUAUCAGCUGGGCCUUGUAGGCAGCAAAGAGAGACACACUUUGGGGGUGACUUCUGUCCCAUCAUCCGCUCCAUCUCCACCUCCUCAAGGCAUCUUUCUCCCAGGAGCCGGAGUGGUUCUGAGGAGCGGCGUGCACAUUGAAAGCCCCAUCUCGGGGCUCCUCCCCACUGGGACUGGAGAUGAGUUCUCCAUUGUUGUGUGUUUAAGCUCCUGGCGAGUGAACAAUGCUUUCCUUGUGAGCAUCACGAACAGCAAGAACAGGCUGCAGUUUGGCAUUCAGCUCCUACCGAAGAAGGUGGUGGUUUACAUCGCGGAGAAGACAUCCGUCUACUUUAGGUACAACGUGCAUAAUGGGCGCUGGCACUCAUUUGCUAUUGGGGUCCGGCCGCGCUCCGUGUCCUUUCAUGCUGAGUGCGGAGGAGUGUAUUACAGUGAAGAGACACUUACUAGGCCUCAGAAGCUGGAUCCUGAUGGCCUGCUCACAUUAGGAAGGAUGAACUUCAGAGCAGUCCAGUUUGAAGGUGAGAUAUGCCAACUGGAUAUCUACCCUUCAGCUCAGGCAGCUGCAAACUAUUGCAACUAUAUUAAAAAACAGUGCCGCCUGGCUGAUACGUAUCGAUCACUCCUGCCAUCGCUUACAUCAGAAUUUAAUGACCCUACACUUUCAGACCAUCCUCUGAAAGCUCAGAAGUUUCUUUCGCCUCUAUUGUCUACAGCUUUGCCAAAUCAUAGAAAUAUUUCUGAAUCAGGAACAGCCUCCAUCCCCUCUACUGAGAGCUAUGAAGUACAAAACCAGUAUGUGGAAUCUAGAGCCUCUUUUCGUCCUGUUGCGAGGACUGAACUAUCACUCUGGCCUUCGAACAUGACUGUAGACAGCUCAUCAGAAGGGUCUGCGAGUGUACAGGCUACACUGGACGUGUCUCCAAGCAGUACACCCUCUUUAGUAGGUGCUGAUGAAGCUGAAAUCAGGCUGCCUGAGCCUGACCAUGAAGUCACGUCACUACCCAAGAUCCCCGAUGCUACAGACAUUACCCCUGGCACAGCAGACAUUGUAAGACCAGAGCCCAGAAACAACAGCGGACCGUGGCAACCAACCAACGAACUGAUCAAAGUACAGCCAAAAAUCAGUAGCACUCUGUACAGAGAUUUCCGUGGGAACGAAAACCAAGUAGACGACUCCGACGAUCACAGCCUUGAAAUGGAGUAUGAUGUGGACAUGGGAAAUUAUGACUAUGGUUACGAAGAAGCGGAGUAUUCCCUCAAUUACGAUGGUCUCCAAGGAUCGAAAGGAGACCCAGGCCCUCCGGGUCCUCCAGGUCCUCCUGGCUUGCCUGGGCCUUUCGGAAGACGAGGACCUAGAGGCCCACCUGGGCUACCAGGAAACCCUGGACUUCCCGGUCUUCCUGGACCAAAGGGUUCCAAGGGUGAUCCGGGAAUAUCUCCAGGUCAGGCUCCCUCUGGAGAGAAGGGUGAUAAAGGUCCUCCAGGUUUGCCAGGCUCACCGGGUUUCCCAGGUCCAACCGGUCCAAAGGGAUAUCCUGGGCCACCAGGUCUGCCAGGUGUACAGGGUCCAUCAGGACCAUCGGGUAUGGCUGGGGAAGCAGGUUACCCUGGCAGGCAGGGUUCCGCUGGGCCAGAAGGUAACCCAGGUCCAAAAGGUGUUCGAGGUUUUAUUGGACCUCCUGGUGUUGCAGGACCACCAGGGCUGGAGGGAGAAAGAGGAAUCCCUGGCCCCACUGGGAAAAAUGGCCGAAAAGGAAGACAGGGUAUUGUCGGAGAUGCUGGUGAGAGAGGACCUCCUGGCCCAGAUGGAAAUGAAGGUCCUGUUGGCAGCACCGGAAUUGGAGGCUUUCCUGGACUGCGGGGUGAUGCAGGGCCCGAAGGAUCCCGUGGCCUAACAGGCAUAGUGGGACCUCAGGGCCUUACCGGAAGAGCUGGGCCACCAGGAUUGAAAGGUGAUAAGGGUGAUCCUGGAUUAAUGGGUGAGCCAGGAGAAUAUGGUUACCCAGGUGACAAGGGUGCGGUGGGAUUACCAGGACCUCCAGGCAUUCGAGGAAAACCUGGACCACCCGGGAAAAUUGGUGAAAUGGGACCACUAGGGCCUGCAGGCCCACCUGGCCCAGAGGGUUUUCCUGGAGAUAUUGGUGUUCCAGGUCCCAAUGGUCCACCUGGAGUGAAGGGUCUUCUAGGUUCAAGAGGACCACCAGGGCCUCCUGGGCCCAAAGGACUUGAGGGUGAUGAAGGUCCCAUUGGCCCACCAGGCAGUCCUGGCCCUACAGGAAGACCAGGUCGGAAGGGCUAUGUAGGAGAGCCUGGGCUUGGAGGUCUGAGGGGAGAAACUGGGGAUCCAGGGAACCCGGGGAAAAAUGGACCACAAGGACCACUGGGCUUAAUUGGACCUGCAGGUGCAAUUGGAGUUCAAGGUGAAAAGGGCGACCGAGGUCCCACAGGUCCUUUGGGUCCUCCUGGGGAAAAGGGCUCCAUGGGAUACCCAGGAUUGCCAGGAAGCCCUGGUGAUGUGGGUCCGCAAGGUCCUCCUGGACCACAAGGUCAGAGAGGCGCAGCAGGAAUUCCAGGACCUAAGGGCAGAAGAGGGCCAAGAGGUCCAGACGGUCUUCCAGGAGAACCUGGGCCACAAGGUACAAAGGGAGAACGUGGAGUAAUGGGAAAGAAAGGAGAACCUGGAUUUAUUGGAAAGGCUGGCUUUCCAGGGGAAAGAGGUCUGCCUGGGAUUCCAGGGAAACCAGGAAUUCCUGGAAGUGCAGGAGAGAGGGGAGCAUAUGGAGAACCAGGACCCAGAGGACUCCCUGGGGAUCCAGGCCCAGAGGGUGAAACAGGCCCUGAGGGACCUCCUGGGCCAGAGGGGGAGCAGGGCCCAGUGGGGGAGCCUGGGUUCAAGGGAGAAAUAGGACCUGCUGGAAAUGAAGGAGAAAAAGGACAACAAGGAAUAAGAGGUCCGCCUGGACCAGUGGGUGAAGAUGGUGCUCAAGGAAAGGAUGGACCUAAGGGGAAAUCAGGAGACCGUGGGCCUAUGGGAGAACAAGGGGACAAAGGGGAUAUGGGAGACCCAGGGCUUCCUGGAAUUCCUGGGGAACCUGGAAAACGUGGCUUCCCAGGUCCAGAAGGAAAACAAGGACCUCCAGGUAACCGUGGCCGUCAUGGGAAGAAGGGUGACAAAGGGCUGACAGGAUAUGCUGGUGAGAUCGGAGCUCGCGGUGAUGCAGGACACCCUGGUGAAAAGGGACCAAAAGGUACAAGAGGAACCAGAGGACCUCUUGGCCAAUUAGGUGUGAUGGGUCCUGAGGGGCAGCCAGGUAUCAUGGGAUAUACGGGUCACAUAGGCAAUCCAGGGUCCAUGGGACCACCUGGCCCCAAAGGUGAAAAGGGUUACCCAGGAGAAGAUAACAAAACACCUGGACCACCCGGGCCCUUAGGUGAACCAGGUCCUGCUGGUGAACAAGGAGAGCGGGGAGAGCCGGGGGAUGGGGGCUAUCAGGGUCAUAUUGGCAUCGCUGGCCCUAGAGGUCUUAUUGGACAGCAAGGACCACCGGGAAAUCCUGGGGAACCUGGUGAGCAAGGACCCAAAGGAGAGAAGGGAAAUCAGGGGCUAAGAGGAAAGAAGGGAGCCAAAGGUCCUGCAGGCAGUGUGGGUGAAGAAGGAGCCUUGGGCCUACCUGGACCAAGAGGCAUAGCGGGUUACCCAGGACCUGAUGGUCCUCCUGGGCUUCCCGGGUUACCAGGGCUGCCUGGAAAAAGUGGAGAUGUGGGUCAGCACGGCACUGUUGGUAUUGAGGGGAAGGCAGGCCUUCCUGGACCCCGAGGUGAACCCGGACUUCCUGGCGUGACUGGAGAAAGGGGGCCCCCAGGACAAAAGGGUGAACCUGGGCUGCCAGGGGAAAGAGGACCUCCAGGAAACAAGGGCUUAGAGGGCGUGCAGGCAGACCAGGGCAGGAAAGGAGAUGUUGGGAGUAAAGGACAGCCAGGAGAAUCAGGGGACCUAGGUUUCCGUGGUUUACAAGGAUUUCCAGGCCCAAAGGGUCCAGAUGGGGAUAUAGGUUUUACUGGUACACCUGGUCCUAGAGGUCCUGCUGGUAUUGUGGGAAGCACCGGACCCGCUGGUCCAGUUGGCAUGAUUGGGCCAGUGGGAAAGCCUGGACCCAGAGGCAGGAAAGGAAGCCAUGGAGAAAUGGGACCGCAGGGACCUCGGGGGAGUCCAGGACCUCCAGGUCCUCCCGGAGCUUCAGGUCCUGUGAAACAAAUGGAUCUUAAUACAGCUAUUCAAGCCUUGAUUGAGUCCAACUCUGCAUUGCAUAUGGAGAGUUACCAGAACACGGAGGUGACAUUGACGGAUCUCAGCACCGAAGUCCUUAAAACUCUGCGCUACCUGAGUGGUCUGAUCGAAAGCAUGAAGAAACCUCUGGGAACCCGCAACAACCCUGCCCGAUUCUGCAGGGAUCUGCUCGACUGCCAGCAACCCUUGUCAGAUGGAUGGUUCUGGAUCGAUCCCAACCUCGGAUGUCCGUCGGAUGCCAUCGAGGUCUUCUGUAAUUUUACUGCUGGUGGACAAACAUGUGUCCACCCGGUAGCCGCCAACAAGAUGGAGUUUGGCAUCGGGAAAGUUCAGAUGAAGUUUCUCCACUUGCUGAGCACGGAGGCGACGCAAAGCGUCACAGUCCACUCUCCGAGUGCUCCGGGGCCGAGCGCCACACGUGCGGGAAGCCAGCCGUCCGAUCUGCGCUUUAAGGGGUGGAACGGACAGACUUUUGACGCAAACACAUUACUUGAAACACGUGUGCUACUAGACAACUGCGAGACCGAAGACGGCCACUGGCACCAGUCACGCUUCUUGUUCCGAACUCAGGACAGCCACCAGCUCCCCGUAGUGGACUUGAGGGAGCCCGCUGGCAUCCACCUGGACCUACAGCAGCGCCGUCUUGAGGUGGGACCAGUCUGCUUUGUGUGAGGCCACCACCACCCCCACCUCGCUCGCUGCGGUCCCGUUCGGUGGAGAGACGCUCUUUGAGUCAUUUUCUGGAGCGCACCCACAGGAUGGUCACCAGCAGAGCCCCAUGGAGACAGCUCCGGACCAUAGUGAUGUGAAAGAAUAGUGUCACUAGAGGGUUCAAGGCCCACUCUUAAAGGGGCAGCACAAAAAUAUAUACCAGUAUGCAUCAAAGUGUGUCAGUCUGAAAAGCGAAUGUUUUAUUUUGCAGUGUUGUCAGCGAAAUGCUCCCAGAACUCAGGGAGAAGCGAGUCUUCUCCUACCCAGCAGACUAUUGCGGUCAGCCGGACAUUGUAGGCUCAAACCCAUGAGCACUAUCCACUAUCUACACGAAUACUCACGAGUGCAGUAGCUGGUGGAUAUUAUUAUUGCAGUUUUCAUACAUAUAUUUUUGUAUUAUGUCCACAAGUGACAUAUACAUCGAAUCAGAUGGUGCUCUACCUCCACAAGGUUUUGCCUUCAGCCUUACUUAAGGUGCUUGUAUUUAAGGUUUUAUUUCACGUUGUAUGUACUGGUUACAUCAAGAACUGGUCUACUAUUCUUAAUGGAAUUUAGGUCACUUAGUUCACAUACUUUAUUUAUAUGGCCUUUAUGUUAACAAAUCACGUCACGUUUCCUUUCCACAUUUAUAUGGAAGGUCGCUUCCAGUGGCAAUUCAGUCAUGGUGCUGCAGUAGUUAAUCCAUGAGUUAUAGUUUUCCUGUGUAUAUUUUGACAUAUAAGAUUAAAUAUUUAUAUCAUUUUUACUUUAAAUACCGUGCCUUAAUAAAUUAUACUGUUUCUUGAGAUUUAUGUGCCCCUCUGGAAUUUAGCUAGAACUAUUUAUGUGUAAUGUUGGUUUCUGUGUACACACAUAUAUGUGACUGUACAGUGUGCUCUGUGUGUACACACACACUUAAAUUUCUAAAUGUUUCUUAUUUGCUUUAUAUUAUAGGCUAAUGGAAGCCAUAACCAGAAAAUAUUAAAUACAGUAUCAUUUGAUUCCACGCAAAUGUCACUUCCAAGUGUAACUACAAAGCUGCGCUGGAGAAUAACGUGAAUAAUAGAUUAUGUAAAUAUGAAAUG